CUCCUCUAUAUAAACAAGUUAUCCAACUUUGAAAAAAAGAAAAUGAAAAGAAAACCCUAAAAUUCAAACCCAGAGGAGGAGAAGCCAUGGAUUCUGACACCAGAAGCUUCCUGGACGCACUCUUAUGUGGUGUGAACUCUUCCUUAUGCCGAAGUGUUCUGCACAAAGCUCUGAGCUCCAAGCAUCAAGAUCAGGACGCCAAAUGCUCUUGGGUUAGAAAAAUUAUGGCUGAAUUUGGCUGGGUAGACAUGGCUACUGUGUUCUGGAGUCCCCUUCACUCUGCAGACCGCGACGGCCGGAAAAAAUUUAGCUUGCAAUUGCCGUCAUCUCUCCAUUCUGUAGGAGAUCUGAUCUUUCUUGUUUCCAUCACCAUGCCCUGGCCUGCUCCAUCCGCUCUACAACAUCUUCCUUUUAUUGAGUAUGUCCGCAAGCAGACAAUGGAGGGUUUGGCCGCUUAUAAUACUGCUUAUGCUGUUCGUCCACUCAAGGGCGAAGAAGAAGAAGAAAAAAGAAGAAAAGGAACUGACAAUUUGACAACGGCCGAGGUUGAAAUUGGGAGUGAAGCAGUUGCAGAUGAUAUUGAGGCUGAAUUUUCAGAGGAAGGGGAAGAGGAAGGGGAAAAUGAACAGGCCUUUAUUAUGGAAAUUGAAGAUGAUGAUGACAGUGACAGUGAUGGUAAUAAUGACAGUGAUGAUGAUAAUAUUGAAGAUGAGAGUGAGCAAGACGAAGAGGAAAUGCCUCCACGGCCAAGUACUCCUACUCCACGCGAUUCCUGUCCUCGCAAUUGUUCUCCUCCGCCAUGGAAGUGCACAAACCCCCUUUCAAACCCUAGGCCAUCUAAAAUGCAAUGUAUUUCCAAACAAUAAAGAUAUUUGAACAGAUUUUUCUUGUGGAAAUUGUAUGAUAUUUAGAACCUAUAAUCUAAGCAGGAUGAUAUACAGAGACUGCAUUCCUUUUCCUUUCUUUUACAGAUCUCCCAAUUCAUUCAAGCAUAACCUAUUUAUAGAGCACCUGAUUGCACUGUCUUUAAAUAUUUUGAAAACAUUCUUUUCACAUC